AUGAUUACACCUAAAGAUCAUAUUAAAGAAAAUGAAGAGUACGAAAAAAACUUUUACAUUGAUAGUAAAAGUUUAUUUUGUACUUUUUGUAAAUGUAUCGUAAAUCAUAAAAACAAAUUUUUACUUGAUCAACAUUUUAAAACUGAUAAAUAUAGAACAAACGAAUAUAAAACUAAAAACUUGCAAAAAACUAGUAAAAUGGUUUCUAAUAUUAAUACUUGUCAAGAAAAAAAUGAAACAAUUAAUAUAGACUUAAUUUAUACUUUAACUCAAGCUAAUAUUCUACUUGAGAAAGUCGAUAAGCUUAAACUUAAAUAUUUGUCAAUCAUAUUUGAUUCAGAAAUUGAAGAUUUAAAAAAACUUUUAGUAGGACAAAAAAUUUCUAUAACAGUUGAUGAAUCAUCUGAUGUUUGCGGAAGAGCAGCAGUUAAUAUAUUAUUUAGUUUUUGUAAUAAAACUAAACUUGUAAAAACUGAGCAUUUAACUGUUGUUAAUAAUAUAACUAUAGCACAAUUUGUGCUAAAAACUCUUCAAUUCUAUAAUAUUUCAUUAGAAAAUAUUCUUCUUUUUAUAUCUGAUAAUGCUUUUUAUAUGAUAAAA